UGGAAGAGUUGAUGUGGAGUACCUUGUGGAUGAAGAUGAUAUUUUCUUUUUAGUUUUGGGUUCCGUUUCCGAUCAGUAUCGUCCUUCCAUGAUUGCUGCAGUGUAGUAACUACAACAUACUCCCUGUUUAAUUUAUUAUGAUUUGGUGAAACAGCCAGGGGUAGUAGGCCCUUCAUUGUUUGGCUGCAGAACUGAGAUAGAUGAGAUGGAGAGAGAGCGAGCGAGAAGAGACAGUUUAAAACCGAAAAUGGAGCCAGCAAGGAAAGAGGAGAUGCGAUUAGCGAAUGAGAGUUUGUGUUUGUACUUAUCAGUGGACAUUCAUCAGCAGCAUGAUCCAUUCACCAGGAUGAUGAUAGGAAGGACAGGGCCGUGCGAGAUUCAAAUAUAUAUGUCUAGUAACGAAGAUUUCAACAGCCGAUCCCGAGCCGAGAGACUGCUACUGCGGACGGACGAAGAGAAACGUGAUCCGUUUGUGUGUAUGUGUGUGUGCGUGGGUGUGUGUGUGCGUGCGUGUGUGUGCUUGUGACCAUUUAUACGAUACCUUUUUUACAUUAUACAGACACACCCACAUCUCUCGCAUCGGUCGAUGGCUCGGUUCGAUCGACUUUGGUACUUUUAUUCGGAUACGAUCGCAUGCAUGAGGAAGGCAGAAAUAGGAAUGAGAUCGCCAUUUGUACUAGGCAGAGCCGGCGAUAGCGAAAGGAGUAGAAUGACGAUACAGCCGUGAGGAUUAUGGUGGGGGGCCAUCAAACAAGGCAGUCAGUCAGCGAGUCAGCCUGUUGUCGGUGGCUCUUCCGUUCUAUUUCAUGUUUUUUGCUUAUUGUGUACUCUCCCCGCAUCAUAUCCUUUCUCUUCCCAGUCUUCACCUGUAUAAACCGUGUUUGUAUUGAUAUAGCAGCAGCAGCAGAGAGCCAUAAGGCUAACAGGGGAUGAUCGCGCGCGUGAUCACACCGCUAAAGUGUACGCAUAGAAAACGGGAAUGAGAAAGGAAUAAGAAACGAAAUAUUUGAAGCCAAAUAAAACACGAAAAAACCGAACCUAC